AUGAUCUAUCCCGGCGAUCACUACUUCCCGCUCAACCACCCACAGAUGAUCGCCGGUGUCACACACAAGCCUCCUUUCAUUGGAUAUCAAGCUCGAAUGGAUGUUUGGCAACGGGAAAGUGCACAGCCGCGGUCGACACCUCUUCCAGAGAGUGUAAAGCAAGAGUCAUACCUCCAUCGGUGCGGCGUUGCCUGUUCCGAAAUCAGUCCGCCAUAUUUGGAGCACAAAAGAAACUCGGAGGAGGUCAGUGGUUGUACACCUGAAUGGCAAGAUGGACAGCAGGUCGAUGUUCCGACACGGGAGUCUGCCACUGCUGUUCAUCCAGCUCCGACGUUCGACAAUGCGAGCAGCAUGCCAUUCACCCAACAGAGUCAGCGAUUGAACAGAACUUCCCUCAUCUCGGUUUCAUCCCAGUCUCCCUCUCAUCCCAGCCUCACUGGGAUCCCGCCUGGCGUCAUUGUUGGCAUCUGGCCAUGCAUUGCUAGUUCAUCCACAAGAUCAUCCCUCCGCCUGUUCUACCAGCCAGAGCAGGUUCGCCCCAGCACUUUGUACAGCUUUGACGGUGCUCAUGACGAGCCGGAUGAAACACAGCCGGCAACAAUUGGCCGGUCGGCCAGCGCUUCCGAUCUUAAGGUCCCUUCCCUCCGGCCGCUUCGACCUUCGGUAGUCCACUUCUUGUCCGACGAACACCUGAAUUGGAGAGAGGCGGCUCGUCGGAAAGAACGUGACGAGUUCACAAAUCCGUUUGGCGUUGAAGAUUCUCCCUCGAGAAAGACGUCCAGCGCUUCUGAAGCAACCAUAUACCUACGACCAAACGCGUUUGCGGGACACCGUGACACAUUGGCACGACUUCACUAUUUCGCCAGGUCUGAUGAAGAUGACCAGACCGCCACAGACAGCGAUGACGAGUCUUAUAUGACUGCAUGGACUCGUCAGCCAUCGGUCUCUGCUCCCUCACGGAGAUACAGCCUUGCUGGAGCGAACUUGGACAUUUUCCUCCCUCAGCAGGUCGUCGAAACUGUGCUCAGCUACUUGUCAUUCGACGACUACAAGAACUUGAGGUCAGUCUGCCGCCAAUGGCACGCAACCCUGCCACCGCCCAAUUUUCCCGGAGCCUACCGUGUCCCGAGAGAAGUUCUCAAACAAAUAUUCUCCUAUCUGGCGCCCUGGGAUUUUGAUGCUGCUCGGCACACCUGCAAACCUUGGUUCUUAGCAGGCCUGGACUGCAAAGUUCUGGAGCCCAUGCUCAGAGGCUGCGGCUGUCAAUCUGCGCUGGCUGCGGAUAUCGGGCGGAUGCAAGGCAACAUCGUCGCGAAGAGACGCAGCUGGGACAGUCAGCUUGGUCCCAUGGAUCCUGACGCUAACAGAGUCAUUGACAAGGAGUGGCUCUGCUCCAAAAGGCUGGCGACAGAAUCUCGACUUUCGCCCUAUUGGCGAGGUGAUUCCUUAUCAGAAGACCUUGAUGCAUCGCCGAGACUGUCGAUCACUGAAACAAUUGACUUUUCCAACAUCUUGACUGCGGUUUCCUUACCCACGAACUCCAGAUUCACGGUGUCAGCCUGUGGCAAGUUUGUUCUCGUUGUAUCUGGUGGUGAUAUAUCUGUCUACAGCUUGUCCGAUCAAGAUCAUUCACUGGAUCCGGUUGUCAGGCUGGCGACUGGUCUCGACGUCCUGAAAGUCAGUAUGGACACCUGUUCCGAACGCUACUCGGUGGCAGCUCUUCUCGCUGGUCGAAUCGGCAUGCUCUGGGACCUGCGUGGCAGGCACAUGCAGAAACGAUACCGCAGCAACUCGGGCGAACCAAUGAAUCUGGGUAUGCAGACGCUUGUUCAAAGUCCAGCCACCUUUCAGAAUCUCAGCUCAUACGCUAUCAGCUUACCCGUACGAUCUCCAGAGAUCGUGGCUAUUGAGUCGUCGGACUCUAGCCUCAGAUCAGUCACAAUGCCCAGCACCAUUUCUCCUCCUGAUGCUAUGCCGAAUACCCCAUUCUUGUAG